ACUGUACACGCCAGAACAGCAUUCUGUGCUCCUUCGGUGCGCUUCCGGACGUUGUGUUGGAUGGGAGGAUAUUUUUCUCAACAAUACCAAAAAUUUCGAGAAUUCCCGAUCAGGUUUCUUUGAAGGGUCAGUUGCCCUUCUUAGUUGAGGGCUCUGGCCUGUUCUUCAUCACGUGGCAGCUCAAAUUGAACGGCGAACCACCGUGGUAAGAGUGCCUUUCGGGUGACUCUUGGACUCCGAUAUAUACAUUUGGUUUGCGAAAGGACAGAGAGAGACACAAAACUCUCGACAGAUUCUGUGCGAGAGCAGGAAGAUUUUUGGACGACACGCGACACGGAUUUGUGUGCUUGCUUAGCCAACUGGACAAGAGUUUCACGGCAACAGAUAGACAGAAAGACAUAAAGACAGACAGAGAGAUAAAAUUGCCAUGAAGCUGCAGAUCAACACUGAGGUUGUGCCCUUCGAGGGCCAUUUGGACGAGGAGGCGGUGUUCCGCCAGAAGAUCUACGAGGAGAUGGACGCCGGCCAGGAUGAGGCGCUCUAUCUAUGCAAUUUGAGUGACGUGGCGAGGAAGUUGGACGUGUGGCGUGAGAAAAUGCCACGCAUCAAGCCGUACUACGCCGUGAAGUGCAACAGCGAUGAGAAUGUUGUGCGAUUACUGGCGAAAUUGGGCACGGGAUUCGAUUGUGCAUCGCGGGCGGAAAUCAAUGCUGUGCUGAAGCACGGUGUGACACCGGAUAGGAUCAUCUUUGCCAAUCCGUGCAAGGCCAUCACGCACAUUCGUCACGCCGCGGCCACCAACACGAGUCUCAUGACAUUCGACACCACGGUGGAGCUGGAGAAGAUUCACAGCAUCUAUCCGAGCGCUCAGCUCGUGCUGCGCAUCCGGUGCGACGCGAAGAAGGCUCAGUGUCCGCUGGGUGAGAAGUUUGGGGCAGAUCCGAAGCUGGAGGCGCCUCUUCUGCUGGCCAAUGCGAAGAAUCUCGGCCUGGCCGUGGUGGGAAUUAGCUUCCAUGUGGGCAGCGGUUGCCAGGAUCCGCCUGUGUUCCGGAAGGCCAUCGCGGCGGCCCGUGAGCUGUUCGACUAUGCACUGACGCUGGGCUAUCGCCUCCAUCUGCUGGACAUCGGCGGUGGCUUCCCGGGUGACACUGGCACGGACAUUGGCGUGAUUGCCGAUGUGGUGAAUGCUGCGCUCGAUGACUAUUUCCCAGCGCAGGAGGGACUGGAGAUCAUCGCGGAGCCUGGUAGGUUCUUCGUCUCCUCGGCCUACACUCUGGCCGUGACGGUGCACUCGAAGAACGAGCGCUUGGGCCCGGACGGCACGGUGGCGCACGUGAAGUACUUCGUGAACGAGGGCGUGUACGGCUCCUUCAAUUGCGUGCUGUACGACCAUCAGGUGGUGACGCCGCACGUGCUCACGCGCACCGCCGGCGAGGUAGAGACGCGCCCCGACGUGAAGUGCACAAUUUGGGGGCCGUCGUGCGAUGGCUUCGACAAGAUCUGCGACAACAUGGUGCUGCCGCUGCUGGGCAUCGGAGACGUCCUGGUGUUCCCCAACAUGGGCGCGUACACUCUCACCAUUGCCACCACGUUCAACGGCUUCCCCAAUCCGCGCGUGAUGUACUUCGCCGACAGGGACAUCUGGGAUCUGGUGGAGCCGCUCGCCAUUUGAUCCCCGCCGGACUGCAAUGGAGUGGCGGCGCGCGUCGAGGACCAAUUUUAUUUUAGCAUCCUAUAUCUCUCUUGACUUUUUUUCGGGGUCUCACAUGACCGGAAGAGCGCCACUUUAUACAAUGUGAGCUCUUUUCUCUGACGUUUUUCCGUGGGCUUAUUUUCAAUAAAAGAGUUUGCUUUUCUAAACAUGCCGAAUA